GUGAAUAGGACUUUUAUUUUGGCGUGUCGGCAUGACGUCACAAGGUUGCAUCGCUCCCCUGCAUCUGUGUUUUUGCUGAAGAAAGAUAAACUGAAGCGACUGAGAUCCACAAGACACUGAUAUAAAGAUGGCGUUUAUUAAAGUCGAGAGCGAAGACAUGAAGAUUGAAGAAGCAUUUACUAUCAAACAAGAAGAUCCUGAGGAACAACGAAUAGAGAUGGUGUUAAUUAAAGAGGAAAGGCAAGAGGUGAAAAUCGAAGACGAUUUUAGGGUUAAACGUGAAGAUACUGAGGAACAAACAGAGAUGGUGUUUAUUAAAGAGGAGAGGGAAGAGGUGACAAUUGAAGAAGAUGUUAGAGUCAAACAAGAAGUUACUGAGGAACAAACAGACCUGAUGUCACUGAUAGAGGGGAGUCAAGAACCGAAUGUAAUGGAAGAGAAGAAUCAGUAUGAGAAACGUCAUUAUUUCAUAACUGGGGAAAAAUCUUGUACUUACUCACCGACUCAAAUAGAAAGUAGAGACCUUAAAGUCCAAAUGAGAGUUCACACUGGAGGGAAGCCUUUCAUUUGCAAAGAGUGUGGGAAGAGUUACUCACGAAAAAUAAAUCUUAACAUUCACAUGAGAACUCACACUGGAAAGAAGCCAUUCAAAUGCUCUCAGUGUGGAAAAAGUUUUAAAGAGAAAAGGAAUCUUAGUGCCCAUGUGACAGUACACACUGGAGAGAAACCUUACACCUGCAAACUGUGUGGGAAGAGCUACACAAGAAAAGAAAAUCUUAAAUUCCACAUGAGUGUUCACACUGGAGAGAGGCCUUACACCUGCAAACUGUGUGGGAAAAGCUACAAAAGAAAAGAAAAUCUUACAUUUCACACAGGAAAUCACACUGGAGAUAAGCUAUUUAUAUGCACUCAGUGUGGAAAAAGUUUUAAACAGAAAAAGUAUCUUAUUGGCCACAUGACAAUUCACACUGGAGAGAAACCAUUUGUUUGUGAUCAGUGUGAAAAGAGUUUCAGGUGUAAAGGACACCUUGAUCUUCACAUGAAGAGUCACUCAGGAGAGAACUGUUUUAUAUGUCACCAGUGUGGAAAGAGUUUCUCACACAAAGGAAAUUUUGAGAAUCACAUGAGAGUUCACACUGGAGAGAAGCCUUUCACCUGUCCUCAGUGUGGAAAGAGCUUUACAGCUAAAGGAAACCUUAAGAUUCACAUGAGAAUUCACACUGGAGAGAAACCUUACAAGUGUCUUCAGUGUGACAUCAGUUUCACAUAUCACACAGACCUGAAACGGCAUGUGCAAACUCAUACGGGAAAGAAACUUCAAACCUCAUGUCAUACUGAGGGGAAUGGCAAUUUCGACAAUCAUCUGUACAUUCACUCUGAUGAAGGACAAUUCAGUUGUGAUCAGUCUAAUUAAAACAUCACAUUAACACAUUCAUACUCCAUUAUUAUUUUAAUAUAUUAGUAAGAUUUAAGUAGUAUGAUUUCGUCUAAAGGUUGAAUAUAUGUUUGUAUGAUCAAAAAAUGGGAAAAAUGGGUCUUGUGUAAGUUCUCUACUGAGAAGUCUUACUCUCAGUAGCGUAAGACUUCGACAUAUGGAUGCACACCUGUCUGUCUGCAGGUAACGGUUUUAGAAAAACACUUAAGAAAUAACUUGUGAAAUCUUUGAAAACAGGUUAUAUGUUGCAGAUACAGAAUGGUGUGAAGAGGGCGACUCUCAAGACAACCUCCUGGAUGGUUGGGAAUUGAGACCCAAGGGACUUUAUUUCCGUAUCUCAAGAAAUGUAUUACAAGUACCUUCAUAAGCUGCUGUGAGCUUUGCGUGUUAUCUCUUUGCUCACAGACUUCGGCUGUGUGUAAAUUGAUCAAUUUCUCUGCAUAGAAUUGAAGUCAAGACAGACUUUUCUUUUGUUUCACUCUUUGUCUUCACAAUUGUUUUAUUUCUUAAUUGGCUAGAAAAUCUACAACAGCACAUAAAUAUUUAAUCAUGUUUAAAAGGUGUUUUUUUUUUAGUGUGGAGGCACUUGAAGAAAUAUUCAGUUGUGUUGGCAGUGGGACAGGUCUGUGGCAGUGUUUUCAGCACACCAUUCAGAUAAUUAUGUAACAAGUUUCGGGAGGGGCGUCAGAUACUUAUCCUAAUCAACACCAGUGGACCACGAUCAAGUAAUCAAUACCACAGAAUAAAUACCUCUGACUUGCCAAUAUCCAUUGACAUUUUUUUUCAGCAUUUCUUCUCCACCCCAUCUUCUCACUUCAAGUUCAUUUUACAACUAUAUGGAGAAGGGGGGUACUCUGGGUUCGGGCCAUACCCGAGCUCGGAGCCCUUACCCGGACAGCACACCAAAUAUGCAUUUCCAUACCUCUGUGCAUUAUAAGCGUGAACUCGUGAAAAAUGUCAAGAGUGCUUGUUAGAGACACAAAACUUUUAUUAUUAUACUAUACUAUAUUACCAACAGAAUCCAAAUCAUAAUUUAAUUUAAAUAAUAAAUUUUUUGAGCGGACCUAACUGUAAGAUAAAAUAACGGUCAAAUAACUGAUAAAAACAUCCAGCAAACCUGCUCUGACGUCCCAAUCUGAAUCAAAUCAUCUGCGAUACACACUUUGAUAUACAAUCUGAAUCUAAUGAUUUGUGAUUCGUGAUACGUGAUCCGAUUGGAGCGCUUCGAAACAGUGAAUCAUUUGCGAUGCAGUGGUUUAACCGAUAUUCUGAGUUUCAAAAAGUUUGUUGUGUACUUUGCUUGCUUUCUCUAUAUAAUUU